UUACAGCAUUCUUGUGGGCUGGAUGCCGCUCUAGGCACACCCCGCUCUAGGCACACAAUUUUACAACGGAAGUGCAAGUGAAGCGGAUGUGAGCUCGCGAGGCUUUUGGGCGUAUCGAGAAGCGUUGGGUUCGGGGGCACCGGGGCUUCUCGUGUGCGGGCUGCUGGAGGACCGCCGUCAUGUCGGCUAGCGCUGUCUAUGUAUUGGAUCUCAAGGGCAAGGUUCUUAUCUGUAGAAAUUACCGUGGAGAUGUGGAUAUGUCAGAGGUAGAGCAUUUUAUGCCUAUUCUUAUGGAGAAGGAAGAAGAAGGGACUCUCUCACCUAUUCUGGCUCACGGAGGUGUUCGCUUCAUGUGGAUUAAACACAACAAUUUAUACUUGGUUGCCACUUCAAAGAAGAAUGCCUGUGUAUCUCUUGUGUUCUCAUUUCUAUACAAGGUAGUUCAGGUCUUUUCUGAAUAUUUUAAGGAAUUGGAAGAAGAGAGCAUUCGGGAUAAUUUUGUGAUCAUUUAUGAACUGCUAGAUGAAUUGAUGGACUUUGGAUAUCCCCAAACUACAGACAGUAAAAUUUUACAAGAAUACAUAACACAAGAAGGCCACAAGCUGGAAACUGGAGCCCCACGCCCUCCUGCCACUGUUACAAAUGCCGUGUCUUGGCGUUCUGAAGGGAUCAAGUACCGAAAGAAUGAAGUCUUCCUGGAUGUCAUAGAAUCUGUUAAUCUUUUGGUUAGUGCCAAUGGGAAUGUUCUGCGCAGUGAAAUUGUUGGAUCCAUCAAAAUGAGGGUUUUCUUGUCUGGAAUGCCAGAGCUUCGCCUUGGCUUGAAUGACAAAGUCCUCUUUGAUAAUACUGGCCGCGGCAAGAGCAAAUCUGUGGAACUGGAAGAUGUGAAAUUCCACCAGUGUGUUCGUCUCUCUCGUUUUGAAAAUGAUAGGACUAUUUCAUUUAUCCCACCCGAUGGGGAAUUUGAGCUCAUGUCCUAUCGUCUUAAUACCCAUGUAAAACCUCUAAUCUGGAUUGAGUCAGUUAUAGAGAAACAUUCCCAUAGUCGCAUAGAGUACAUGAUCAAGGCCAAGAGUCAAUUCAAGCGCAGAUCUACAGCCAAUAACGUGGAGAUUCACAUUCCUGUUCCCAAUGAUGCCGAUUCACCAAAGUUCAAAACCACAGUUGGGAAUGUCAAGUGGGUUCCUGAGAACAGUGCCAUUGUGUGGUCCAUCAAGUCUUUUCCAGGAGGGAAGGAGUACUUGAUGAGGGCCCAUUUUGGGCUUCCGAGUGUGGAAGCUGAGGACAAAGAAGGGAAACCUCCCAUCAGUGUGAAGUUUGAAAUCCCAUAUUUCACCACAUCUGGAAUUCAGGUUCGUUAUUUAAAAAUAAUUGAGAAGAGUGGCUACCAGGCAUUGCCUUGGGUCCGCUACAUUACCCAGAACGGAGAUUAUCAACUUCGAACACAAUAACGUCAGCUCAUUUACUGCGGCCAAGAAAGUAAUCAAUAUCCCUGGUCAGAAAUGUUUGGUGCUUGAAGGCGUGGGCCAAGGUUGUCUUGCUGGCUGGAAGUGGAAUCAGGCUGUGUCCCAUAUCCAGCUGUACUUGGACCAGUGUUUAGUGCAGACGUCAUGAAUGUUUUUUUUCUUGUUCGCCCCAUUCAGUGUUGUUUUUGUUAGGAGUAGCUGUUGCCUUGAAACAAGGCCAAGAAUCAAUCUUGGAAAAACUUGGCUGGUCUUAUUUCUUGGCUUCAGAAUUUGGGGGCUAUUAGUCCUCCUUUCUGAAGUUCUGUGAGUAUUAGCUGAGCUCCUCUUGCCAACCAUUUGCCUGCUGAUGCAUCUAAAUGCUAGUUAAACUCUGGUGACAUCUUGAAAUCAAUUUUGUUUGCAUUGCUGGGUUGUUUUGGGAAAUUAAUUAUCUACAACGGAUUCCCCAAAUGCAGAGUUUACAAAAUGCAAAGUCAUUUGAUCGAUGGUGCUCGGUUCAAGAAAGAAAACAUGCAGUUGGUGUUACAAGGUGUUUUUAUGUGAUGGCGCGGCUCUCAAAAUGGAUGCCCGACCCCAUCCACUUCUGAAUCAUCUAGCCGAGAAGAACAUCCUAUCCAUAUAUCUUUUGCAAGCAGCAACUGAGAUGAACAACAUGCAACUGAAGCCACUUUGUAGAAUUUGUAAGAUGAUCUGCUUCUCCUUAAACAAAAGCCACCUGUAUAUAGAAAACUUACCUUGCUACUGAGAAAGGUCCUAGGGUUGUUGUUGUUGUUUUUGUCUUCGUUCUUUGGACGGUUUCUGUGCAUAGAGGGUCUUGCUUGGGAAUCAUUCUGCCAGCCCUUGCUUAGCUUUCAAAUGGCACAGUCAUCUAGGUGCUGCAGUGUCUGUUGAUGGUGGUUCCUACAAGAACUCCCAAAACGGUAAAACAGAUGCAGAGUGUCUUGUGAGUGCCAUGCCUCCUCUAGUCUAGCCCCUUCUGGGUGUGUUGGGACUGGAAUUCCCAGCACUGCAACCUACCUAUCUUGCCCCUUGUGUUCCAACUCAGCCUUUCCCAAUUGUUUCCAACACAUAUCAGGAAAGGCUGUUUUAGCCGGACAAGCAAGUCCCCCCCUAAUGGCUUUAGGUCAAAGAUUUUGUUGCCUUCUCACUGCUUCCUUUAGGGCAGUCCGUCUUUGAGGUCUGCUCAGUGGCAGUUGGUCACUUCUGAUAGAACACACAACAUUACAUAUGCUUCUUAGCAACAUAUCUUGCUUACAAUUUGGCUUUUUCUUCUAAAGAGUUGUAGGGUUCAAGUUCAUGAUACACUUGCAAAGAUUACAUUAAGAGCUUGCUUUUUACAAAGUGGAUUGGGAGCAGCAAUACACAUGAAGUUGGGAAUGUGAUGCCCUAUGUAACUUUGCAGCAAGACCCGUCAGUUCCUGGAAAAAUAGCCCUAGUCCGUUACUUGUAACCAUGAAAAAUCACUUUGUAGUUGAACAAAUGCAACAGUAAUGGAUUGAUGGUACACUUUAAUCAUUCAUAGGUAUAUUUUCACCCAUAGUUGCACUUAAAAGGGCUGUGUUUCCAGUGGGGACCUCCUAGAGUUGCUAAAAUGCAAUUUUCAGCCAUCUUCAUGGCAGUAAUCAUGAAGAAUUGCAGCGCUGUAGCUUGUUUUUGUCAGAAUGAUGAAAGUAGCAUUCCAGUGCCUCCCCUGUGGGACAUGUAUGUGAUAUCAUGAAGCUCAUGGAAAAGGGGCAGGUGGGUCAUCAGUCUGACCCACCUGCAAAUGCUACUGCCGAGACGGUUGGAAACUCUAGUUCAGGACUCUGGAAGGUCACAGAAUCCCUAGGUCAGACUUGUCUCAGCUUGAGCUUCUAAAUACGAACAAUCCUUAACUUCCAUUUGGUUGAGAAAGGUAUAGUUUACUAGAAGUCAAGUGAAUUACUGUAGUCUAGUAAACUGUACCUUUUUUAACCAAAUGGAUUGUUCUUGGAGCUUCAAACCAAGGCAGGUCUGACACCCUAUUCCUGAGAAAUAUACAACAUAAUGAUUGGUCAGGGACAGAUGGGCUCACUUGCUAAAGUUAGAUCUAAGACCACUCCUGUUAUUAAACGGUUCCCUCCAGCUGCCAGAAAUGUCAACAUCAUGCCUUUAACCAGGGCAUUGUAUUUGUUGUCUAAAAGUCUGUUUAAAAUAAAUGAAAUGACCAGAA